AAAAGUAUCAGUGUGUGUUUAUGAGUGUGGGUUGGAGGGUGUGUUUCGUAUUGUGAGUGCCCCCAGCAUAUAAAGGAACUGAGAGUGAGAGGAAAGCACGAGGAAGGACGAAGGGAAGUUUAUCAGGGAUGUUUUGCAAGUUCAUGCUCUUGCAUUGAAAUCUGAAAAGAAUCCUCACUUUCAUUCAUUUGGACUGACUAGCGUACAUACUAAAGGGGGCAGCUCACACUGAUAGGGGGAACAAGGACACGCAUAAGGGGAAAAACAAAGCCAAGAUGGCCCUUGUUGAGGAAACUUCAGUGAAGGUGGCGUUGGAAACUGAAGCAUCACCUGAUGUACCUGAGGGUAAGACUGACUACCCCUUCACGGCCAGCAACAGUAUCUAUACUGCCAUUUUGAGCAGAAACGAGGCCGUCAAAGAUGCCAAGCGCCUGAAGAACUUCUUGGAGUUGCGAGACAAAUACGUACACAAGAAAGUCCUGUUUGAAGACCCUCUGUUCCCACCCAAUGAUUCCUCUCUUUGGUACAGCAGCAAAUUUCCCAUUGAAUUUGAGUGGAAGCGCCCAACGGAAAUCUGUGACAACCCCCAGUUCAUCAUAGACGGAGCUAGUAGGACAGACAUCUGUCAAGGAGAGCUGGGUGACUGCUGGCUGCUUGCUGCUAUUGCCUGUCUGACACUGAAUGACAAGCUGCUGUACAGAGUUAUCCCAUCAGACCAGAGUUUCACAGAGAACUACGCUGGUAUCUUCCAUUUCCAGUUCUGGCGUUAUGGCGAAUGGGUGGACGUCGUGGUGGACGACCGUAUCCCCACCUCCAAUAACCAGCUGGUGUUCACCAAGUCCUUCAGGAAGAACGAGUUCUGGAGCGCUCUGCUGGAGAAGGCUUACGCCAAGUUGCACGGUUCCUACGAGGCCCUGAAAGGUGGCAACACUCUGGAGGCCAUGGAGGACUUCACUGGGGGCGUGACAGAGUUCUUUGAGAUGUCCGAGGCUCCAAAAGAACUCUACAAGAUCAUGAAGAAAGCCCUGGAGAGAGGCUCUCUGAUGGGCUGUUCCAUAGACGCCUUGCUGCCGAGUCACUGCGAGACUGAAACUGCGAAUGGACUGGUCAGAGGCCACGCCUACUCUAUCACUGCACUAGAGGAGUGUGACAAGCUUAAGGUUACCAAGGAUACCAAGAUUCGCCUAGUUCAAAUGCGGAACCCCUGGGGAAUGGUGCUAUGGAAAGGGCCGUGGAAUGCCAAGUCCAAAGAAUGGUCCACCAUCUCCAGCUCAGACAAGGCCAGGCUGAAGAAGAAGACGGUUGAGACGAGCGAGACUUGGAUAUCCUUUGAGGACUUCAAAAAGAACUUCACCAAGCUGGAGAUCUGUAACCUGACCCCUGACACACUUCUGGACGACAGGUCCCAUAGCUGGACGGUGGCGGUCAACGAGGGCCGCUGGGUACGAGGCAGCUCCGCCGGGGGCUGCAGGAACUUCCCAGACACGUUCUGGACCAACCCGCAGUACCGCAUGCGUCUGUAUGAGGAGGACGACGACCCCGACGACCCCGAGCAUGUGGCGUGCACCGUCAUGGUGGCCCUGAUGCAGAAGGGCCGGAGGAAAGACCGCAGCAAGGGUGCCAAGCUUUACACCAUCGGAUUCACCAUCUACGAGGUGCCCAAAGAGAUGAUUGGGAGCCAGCAGCACCUGCAGAAAGACUUCUUCCUUUACAAUGCCUCCAAGGCCAAAUGCAAGUCCUACAUCAACCUGCGUGAGGUGAGCGAGCGAUUCUGCCUGCCCCCUGGGGAGUACGUGAUCAUCCCUUCGACCUUUGACCCCCACGAGGAGGGAGAGUUUAUCCUCAGAGUCUUCUCCGAGAAGAACAGCACCUCAGAGGAAACCGAAAAUACAAUUAGGUCAGACCAUAUAGAGCAAGGCAAACACAGGACAAAGAAAGGAAAGCCCAUCGUGUUUGUAUCAGACAGAGCGAAGGCCAACAAGGAGAUUGAGCAAGAUGACAUCGAGGUUCAGAAGGAGAAGAAAGAGAAAGUCAAGCCAAAACCACAGCAACCGGAUGAGGAGAGCGGAGAACACAAAAUGUUCAGGGCCAUUUACCAGCAGAUUGCUGGGGAGGACAUGCAGAUCUGUGCCAACGAGCUCAAGGUGGUCAUGAAAAGGGUACUGGAAAAACAUAAUGACAUGAAGACGGACGGCUUCAGCUUAGAGAGUUGCCGGAGCAUGAUCGCUUUGAUGGAUACGGACGGCACAGGAAAACUGAACCUGCAGGAGUUCAAACACCUGUGGAGUAAGAUCAAAGCCUGGCAGCUGAUCUUCAAGAAGUAUGACAAGGACAAAUCAAGCACCAUCAGCAGCUUUGAGAUGAGGAACGCAGUCAAUGACGCAGGGUUCCGCUUAAACAACCAGCUGUAUGACAUCAUCACGAUGCGCUACGCUGAUGAGCACCUCAACAUCGACUUUGACAGCUUCAUCUGCUGCUUCGUCAGGCUAGAAGGCAUGUUCAGGACGUUCCAUGCCUUUGACAAAAACGGAGACGGCACAAUCAAGCUCAACGUCCUCGAGUGGCUCCAGUUGACCAUGUAUGCUUAGAUCACCCAGCCAUCAGAGUCCUGCUCUCUGGUCUACCCUCAGCCAUGCUUCUACCAACAUCGCUUAGAUCACCCAGCCAUCAGAGGAGUCCUGCUCUCUGGUCUACCCUCAGCCAUGCUUCUACCAACAUCGCUUAGAUCACCCAGCCAUCAGAGGAGUCCUGCUCUCUGGUCUACCCUCAGCCAUGCUUCUACCAACAUCGCUUAGAUCAUCCAGCCAUCAGAGGAGUCCUGCUCUCUGGUCUACCCUCAGCCAUGCUUCUACCAACAUCGCUUAGAUCACCCAGCCAUCAGGGGAGUCCUGCUCUCUGGUCUACCCUCAGCCAUGCUUCUACCAACAUCGCCUUCCUCUACCUCAGCCAAUUCCCCAUGUUCUCUCUCUCUCAAGACAUUGCCAUUACUCUCAUUCUAGCAUAGAAAACAAAUGAAAUGCAAUGGUGAUAUGUUCUGCAGUCACGCUGCACAAAUGAUAUAUCUCACAACGCCGAGAGAAGUGUGUAAUGUCUCAAGAAAGUAUAUUAACACGAUGUAGCGAUCUUCUAAGACACACAGGUUGGCUGGAGAGAAAGACCACCUGGAAUGUCAACUUGUGUCGACUGGUGAGAGGUAUCACCCUGGCAGCACCGAGGGACUUGAAUGGGGAACCCUUGCUCCAGUACAUUUGGCUAGUGCUUUAAAUUACAAGCCUUCAAGUGUUAUUGCCUGUCCUGUAAAUAACAUGUUUAGCAUUAGUGGAUUGAAUACAUAUCAUUGCUUAGCUUUACUUCCUGAAGUGUUUCCAUUCCCCUUUAAGUCAUUGGUGGUAACUACAUUACAAGAUCAAUGUUGUGUUCCUGUAAGUCUCUGUGAUAAUAUCAUGUGGAUACUUAGAUCUCGAGAGACAGUGAUGACGUUGUUGGACUGGAUUGUUUCAGAAGCAUUUUUUUUUCUUCCAUUAAAUUCAAACUUUUA